CGGAAGUGGCAGUGACGGGCCAGGGGUCUCGGGUGUCUCCGGCUCCUCCGCGCCCUCCCGCCGGCAGCCCCAGCGGUCCCGUCCGGUCCAGGGGAGGGCGGCUCUGCGGUACCGGCACCGCGCCCGCCCCUGUCCUGUCCCGUCCCGCGGUGCCCCCAGCCCCGGCGCUUCGCCGCCGCUCGGUGCCCGCGGUGGCCACGUGGCCCAGGUUCGUGCCCUCCCUGUCCCAGGGAGGCAGCGCCAGCGGGACCCACCCCAGGCUGUGGCAGCGCUGCCCAACAGUGAAGCGGGUGACAAGUCCCUGUGCCUGACGGUGACGCAGGUGCCGAGUCCCUGUGCCCAGCCAACUGCUGCCAUCACUGUUGAGUCUGAGCUGAGAGAGACCAAGGAGCUGGGUUUGGUUUGGUUUGGUUUGUUUUUUUUCUAUUUCUCCUCUUCAACGCAACCCUGCAUAGCUUGGCAGUUGCUGUGAGGGAGGUGAAGCUGGGAGGACACUAGAGGCCCCUGUGGACAUUGUCCCCUCCCCAUAUGUCCCCUCUCCGUGGCUCAGGCCAGGGGAGCUGGUGGUGCUGUCUGAGUGCUGGGACAUCCCCAUGCUCCCUGUUGGGGAAAGCUCCAUCUUUUGGGGGGGCGAGGAGGAACCCCUGGCAGAAGCUGCCUCUUGGGUGGAGGGAACAGAAUGGAUCCCAUGGGCCUGGCAGGUUCCUCUCUUUGUGCCUGUGCUCAGCCGCUGAGCCAGAUGGGGGCUGUUCCCCAUGGAUGGUGGCUCCGGGGGCUCGCACGGACCCUCCUGAUGCUGGCGUGACUGGUGGAAAGUUUCCUAAAGCUUCCCUGUUCCAUGCAGAGGUACUGUGUCCUCUGCCUCACAGCGCUGUACCAGCAGGAGCUUUGCUGGGAUGGUCACCUGCUAUUUUUAAAAACACUGCGAGGCCCCAGGCAGGGGUAAGCAGGGAGUUUCCAAGAACAGCUCCUCUGAUAGUGCUCUGCCAUUGCAGCUCCCGUGCCCGAAAUCCUUUCACGGCCAAAGAAAACAAAGAAAUGUCGGCAAGAGGCUUAAAAGAAUCCAAAAAUGGCUGUGGCACAUGUUGGUUGUGUGUCCAAAUAUCUUGGUGCGGGGAGCGCCAGGAUAGAGGCCUUUUGGGAACUGGCUGAGAUGACAACACAACCUCUUGUGCCUGGAGAGCAAAGCGAUAAGACUCACGUGGGAUCUGAAGCUGAUUUGUACCGGGGUGGGAGCGCUGGUACCCAUGGCAGUUUGUCCCCUGCACUGCCCGUGAGCUCCCAGGCUCGGUCAUUGUCCCAGAUUAGGUGGUGGCCGGUGCUGAGCGCAGGGCCCCCCCCGCAACCCGAGCCCUUCCGCAGUCAGGGAUUUUGUGUCCGCGCUGUUUGUUCCUCCUUGUUUCCUUUUUUAAAGAAAACAUUGCUGGCAAUGUUUGUGUAGCUGCAAGGCACGGAUCCACAUCAACCAGGCUGGUGUUUAUAUCCCACCUGGGACGGGCAGUUGCAUCAGCACAUUUUGUAAAACAUUGAGCAAAACAGCCCUUGCUGCAGGAAAUGGUUUUUUCUUCACCCCAGAUUGCAUCACCGCCCGGAUCCUUCCCAGCACCGGCGGCUCCUGAGGAAGCUCCCGGGGGAUCGCUCCGUGCCGGGGUGGCAGCGAGGAGGACAGCGUGUGCCCGGGGAGCAGCGUCCCCAUGGUGCUGGCGGCACCGGGCUCUGCGCUGCCAGGGCGCAAUGGGAGCGCUGCAGGAAAACACCCAUCUGCUGCGGCACCCUGUGAUGGGCCCUGGCGCGCUCCCGAGAUAGCAGGAGCUGCUCCCUCUCUCCCCAGGCUCAGGAGCUGACGAAGGGCCAGGCCAAGGCCACUGACCCCAGUGAGAUCUGGCAGGAGGUGGCUCCCUGGAGCCCAGCUCUGUCCGUGUGUUCCGCUGCCACCCUGCCCGUGGAGGGUCCCUGCUCUGUCCGUGUGUCCUGGUGCUCCCGGGGCCCUUGGUGCCCUCCUGCCUGUGGCCUCAGGAAUGGUGCUGAGCUGUGUGCUGCCUUCCGUCUCAUCCUGCCCAGCCAGAGCCGUGGCUGCCGUUGCCACCAGGCUCUGGGGCCACCGACAGCCACUCCAGGCUGGGUUGUGAGCUGCUGGACAGGAACAGCUACAGCCCUGCUGGCCCCUCCACGCUGCCAGAUGCACUGCUGCUGCUGGCUGUUGUUUUCCCUUCUGGAGGGAUCCUGUGGUUUCCUUCCCAGAACCUGAGACCUCGGAACCAUGGUCCAAGGCCGCUGGCUUCCACCCUCUCCUCCGCUGCUGAUUCAUCACUGCUGAUUUCCCAACUGGAGCACUUCCUGGCAGCCAGGAGUGUGGAUUCCUCCCCAUCCUGCAGAGGUGAGCAAGCUCAGGAGCGGGAGCCCAGCGGCACCAGGAGCAGAGCGGCAGGGACCCAGCACAGCCACAGCCCUCCUGCCACCACCAUGGCCCUUGUCCUGCUGGCCCCACUGGCCGUGGGGCUGCUGGCCCUCUCCUGUGGCGCAGCUCCUCUCCAGAACAAGCCACGGGCACUGGUCACCUUCCCUGGAGAGCUGCUCAGUGGCCUGUCAGAUGUGGAGCUGGCUGAGAGCUACCUGCUGCGCUUCGGCUACACCACGGAGCGGGAGGCAAGGACAGGUGACAAGCAGGUGUCCCUGACCAAGGCACUGCGCAAGAUGCAGAAGCAGCUGGGCCUGGAGGAGACAGGGGAGCUGGAUGCCGGUACGCUGGAGGCCAUGCGAGCCCCCCGCUGCGGUGUCCCCGACGUGGGAACCUUCCUCACCUUCGAGGGGGACCUCAAGUGGGAACACACGGACCUGACGUACCGGGUGAUGAACUACUCCCCUGACCUGGACCGUGCUGUCAUCGAUGAUGCUUUCAAGCGGGCGUUCAAAGUGUGGAGCGACGUGACCCCCCUCACCUUCACCCAAAUAUACAGUGGCGAGGCAGACAUCAUGAUCAUGUUUGGCAGUCAAGAGCAUGGGGACGGGUACCCCUUUGAUGGCAAGGAUGGGCUCUUGGCGCACGCCUUUCCUCCGGGUCAGGGGAUCCAGGGUGAUGCCCACUUCGAUGACGAUGAGUUCUGGACGCUGGGAACUGGCUUAGUGGUGAAGACCCGCCACGGGAAUGCCAAUGGGGCCGACUGCCACUUCCCCUUCGUCUUCGAGGGCCACUCGUACUCCCGGUGCAUCACAGAGGGGCGCACGGAUGGGCUGCCCUGGUGUGCCACCACCGCCAGCUACGACCGGGACAAGAAAUACGGCUUCUGCCCCAGCGAACUCCUCUACACCAAUGGUGGCAACAGUGAUGGGUCCCCCUGCGUCUUCCCCUUCAUCUUUGACGGCACCUCCUACAACAGCUGCACCACGGAUGGGCGCUCUGACGGCUACCGCUGGUGUGCCACCACCGCCAACUUCGACCAGGACAAGAAAUACGGCUUCUGCCCCAACCGAGACACGGCGGUGAUUGGCGGCAACUCCCAGGGGGACCCGUGUGUCUUCCCCUUCACCUUCCUGGGGCGGUCGUACAGUGCCUGCACCAGCGAGGGCCGGCAGGACGGCAAGCUCUGGUGUGCCACCACCAGCAACUAUGACACCGACAAGAAGUGGGGCUUCUGCCCAGACAGAGGUUACAGCAUCUUCCUGGUGGCUGCCCAUGAGUUUGGGCACUCACUGGGGCUGGACCACUCCAGUGUGCGGGAGGCCCUGAUGUACCCCAUGUACCGCUACGUCCAGGACUUCCAGCUGGACCCAGAUGAUGUCCAGGGCAUCCAGUACCUCUAUGGUCGUGGCUCUGGCCCUGAGCCCACUGCCCCUUCACCCGUGCCCACUGAGGAGCCCCAGCCCGUGCCCACCGAGGAGCCCCAGCCUAUGCCCACUGAGGCUGGCAGUGCCUCUACCACUGAGGAGGAGGAAGAAGAGCAGACACCAGAGCCCACAGCCCAGCCCAUUCCUGUGGAUCCCAGCCAGGAUGCCUGCAUGGAGAAGAACUUUGAUGCCAUCACAGAGAUCAAUGGGGAGCUGCAUUUCUUCAAGGACGGGAAAUACUGGACCCACUCAUCCUUCUGGAAGUCAGGCAUCCAGGGUGCCUUCACCGUUGCAGACACCUGGCCCGGCCUCCCAGCUGUCAUCGACGCUGCUUUCCAGGAUGUACUCACCAAGAGGGUCUUCUUCUUUGCUGGUCGGCAGUUCUGGGUGUUUUCUGGCAAGAGUGUGCAGGGCCCCCGCGGGAUCGAGAAGCUGGGCAUCGGGAAGGAAGCCGCCCGCAUCUCAGGGGCCCUGCAGCGGGGCCGCGGCAAAGUGCUGCUCUUCAGUGGGGAGAGCUACUGGAGGUUGGAUGUUAAGGUCCAGAGGGUGGACAAGGGCUACCCCCGUGCCACCGACGAUGUCUUCACCGGUGUCCCCCUCGACGCACACAAUGUCUUCCUCUACCAAGACAAAUACCACUUCUGCCGGGGCAGCUUCUACUGGAGAAUGACGCCGCGCUACCAGGUGGAUCGGGUGGGCUACAUCAAGUAUGACAUCCUGCAGUGCCCCGAGCACUGAGGACCUGACUGGCUGCCUGGCUCCAGCCAGCGUACUGCUCCCUGCCCACUGCUCCCAACCGCUCGGUUCCCAUCUCACAGCCUUACCCCCCGGGGCAUCGGGGGCCGCACAGCCUGGCAGCCAUGGGGCAGCCCCCACUGAGGUGGCAGCUUUGCCGUCUCCUUGGCAGGAAGGGACAGGGAGUCCUGGGGUUGCCCCUUGCGGGGCCCUGGCUGGGGAGCAGGACUCUCGCUGCAGCAAGCACGGUGCCGCCUGUGCCAGCACCGGAUGUGCCGCGCAAAGGCGUUUGCCUGGUGCAAACCGCACACAGAUCUGUAACGACUUUGUCUUUCUCCUGAGCCAGCCAUGCUGGGUCAGGCUGGGCUCCGCUGGGAGGUGGUGCCUGGGGACUUGGCCAGGGCAGGGGCAUGGGGCUCUGCCUCCUGCCUGCUGCCCACUCUGCCAACCUCCACCUGCCCAUUUUUAAUAAAGACAAUUCUUUCGAUACA